AAGAUGUGGAUCCAGGUCCAGUUUGAUGGCUCAUUCGUUCAUUCUUUCUCGACAUUGGCAUCACUGACGUACGCCAUGUUGUCAGAGCAAAUGUGCGAUAGUCAGGGAAGAAUAAAACAGGACUAACCCUUCGUGACCCAACUUUCGCAGAUGGCCGCCCGGCUUGAUCUUGUGCCGUGGUUGUUGUUGUGGUUGCAUUGAUGCCAUUUCCAGUUCGCCUUUUUCAUCUCUCUCUCCAUUAUUGUUAUUGCGGCCUUUUGGAGACCAAAGAAGAAGGUGUGGCAAAAUAAAAUAAAAUCACCAACGGACGCUCAUCCAUCCAGUAUUAUAGAGACACAGAGGUAAGCGUGUGGUCUGUCUGAUGUUGACGGUCUUGAACUGUGGUGAAGUCCAUGAAUGAUCUGACAGACAGAGAGAGAGAAGGUGAGAUGAGAGAGAAGAAUGGUUGGUCCCCGUAGGAUCCUACAGGAUUUACCUACUGCAAUUUGCGUCGAAACCAGUGACUCGACCAAACUCACGCAAAUCACCGCAUAAAAAGAGCCUUCCACUCUUCUCUCUCAUUCCCAUGGUCUCACUCAUCACUCUCUCACUCCACUGACGUCGUGUCGGCGCUCAUCUCAUGCCAGAAAGCCGUCGUCGUCGCCAUUGUUAUCUGUUCCAACAAACUCAUGACUCGCUUUUCCUUUACUCACGUUUCUCCAGAAAGUUCUUGAUCUCCGGGAACCAUUCAGGACGGGACUACUUCAUCCGCCACUCUUGAAACAAGCGAGGAACCACGCCGAGGAAACAUUGCGAGAGGUUGAACUUUCUGCCUUACGCUUACUUGUGUGCAUCGAUCGUUGUCACCACCAUAACCAAUCCAUACGGUAGUCAGUCAGUGCAGUGCAGUCACCAGCCAUUCAAUUCACAAUGGGAGGCUCUAAUUUCCGUCGUCGCGAGAAGAAAUUCUCCAAAAAGAUGCAACGCACUUUGGAUCCGGCCAUGUUGCUUUCAAGAGGUCUAUCGGCGCGAUUUGUCGGUGCCAAUGUCAUGCAAUCCAUUACCACGCUCACCAAGGACGAGAUUGAAAAGGAUCUACGACAUAUGAACGCCUACUAUCAAGCCAAUGUCGCCUAUGCACAGCAACAUUACAUUUACAUGAACCGAGAAGAAUUGGGAGCCACGGGACAGUUACCUGGUGGCGGCACCGCCAACAGUAACAACAACAACAACAACAACAUGGCACCCUUGACCAAUAACAUGACGGCCAAUAUUGCCGUACCACCCAUUGCCAUGCCCGUACGAAUCGAUCCGGAAGAAGAAAAACGAUUGCAAAACUUGCGCAAGAAAAUUGCACUUUGCGAAACCCAACGGGAAUUCCUCGAAAGUCAAUACGUUAGUUUGCGCGCGCAUUAUGUUGCCACCACCAAGGAACUCAAGGCGGCGUCCAAGAAUUGCGAAGGUUUGGUCGCGUUCCUGCAGACGGUCACCAAACGUCGGGGGCGAGUGCUGGCAUUGCAGCGUGCCAAAUUGCAGAUUGCCAGGGAUGUCUUGGCAUGCCUCCAAACGCGACUGGCCGUCUUGGAAGUGGCGCAAGCGGCCAAUGGUGGUGCGGAUGCUGCUGCUACGGCUGCGGCUGUUACAAGCAAUAACAACAGUGACAACCACAGCAAAACGGAGGGUACAGACACCACGACGGCAACCAAAAUGGAGAUUGACAGUCCAGCGACGACAAAAGAAGACAAGACCAAAAACAACGGGACAACGGCAACCGCCACAUCCGGCGGAGAGGAUGACAUUGUGGAAGUUUGGAAUCAAGUCGAAGAAAUGCUCAAGGAAGCCGAGUUGUCCUGUCGCAGGAUUCCAUCCACACUCACAAUCAAUGAGAAAAAGGCCAAAAAGAAGGCCAAGAAGAAUGCGCCACCGGCCGAAGGGGAAGACGAAGCUAUCAUGGGGGUGAUUCCUUGGGAGGGCAUUAAAAUGCCCAACACCCCCGAAGGAGUCCCACUGUUUCUCUCGCAACUCUCCAUCGUCCCCGAGAAGGGAGCUGGGUACAGCACCAAUGGCGCCUUUGGCAGCAACAAGGCCAGCAUGGCCUGGAUGGAAUCGAGUCUGCCCAAGACAUACAAUGGCAAGAAGGAACGACACAAGGUAGCACUGUUGCGGGACGAAGUAGCUUUGUUGGAAGAAGAACUGUCCAACGAACGAGCUGCCAACAAGGAUAUUCAAGUCAAGAUAAUCGAUCGUCGCAAACGAAGUGAUGAACUGGUGGCCAUGAUGACAUUGCUGCGCAGCGAAACCGAGGCCAUCUUGCAACGGAAUAACAUUCUGUUGGAUUCUCCACAAGCCAAGCAAGCGGCUCGUGAGUUGCACGAGGUGUUGAUGAAGGCACGAGAGGAAGCCGCCAAGGCGGCCGAGGCUGCCAAUGCCGCUAACGGCGAAGCUGGUGGUGCCGCCGCCGACGACGGCAAGAACACUGGUAGUCGCAACCAUACAAACAGCAACAAGCCAUCCCCCGAAGGGAAGGAAAAGUCUCGAAGUAGUGCUCGGCACAGCAGCAGCAUCAAAAACGGCGACGACGACGGUGGUGGGAGUGUGGGUGAUGACGAAGGCGAUGGCGGCGACGACUUUGAGGAAGAAGGCGAGGUCAAGGGCUCUGGUGGAAAUUGGGGCGGAAACAAACGCGACUUGGACGAGGGCACGGGUGAUGAGUCCUCGCCAAGUAGUACGAGUCGAAAGCGUCGCAAGGUGUGAGCUACCGCACAUGCAGUGAGCCUUGCUUGGUUAAGUUUGCUGCAUCUUGGAUGAUCGUUACCAGUAGUAUCAAUAAUAGACAGUUGCG